GUCUGAGAUGAUUUUUUCCUGUCUUUUCAGAACCGAGACUGUCGGCCUCCAACAGUUAAGAUCAGUUCCCAUUUCUGCUGUUCACCAAGGCAAGAUGCUGAAGGACAGCAGCCCAGGCGAUGGCUUUGAAGGUUGGGAUCCACUAUCAUUGCGAGGAAAUCUUCAGCUUCUCUUAGCAAAGAAAGAAAUGGAAAAGCUCAAGGAGGAAAUCUGGUUGGCCUUUGCAACCCUCAAAGAUCCAUUGGAAUGGCUUUUGGAUGUGCUAGAGGCCAGCAGUGAUUGGAAAGGGAAAGGGCAUUCUCUGGCAUACCACAUCGCCCAUGAGCUACAGUUCUGGAUAAAGGAACAUCCUAAUGGCCAGUUGUCUGAUUUGAGGUUAAGGAAGCUCCAGACCCGUGUGUUCCCCUUGCUUGCUCAGUGCCACAUCAGCCUGAUGGACCUGAUGAUCAGCAUCUAUCAGCUGCAUGCUGCAGAUCGUUGCCAACUUCUGGGGCACAUCAGCCACCUUUGCCACAAGGACAAGUUCAAAGAGGCUGCCAUUUUAAGCAUAAAAUUGAAACUGCAGCCAGACCUGGAGGUUGAGAAGAUGUGUGUUCCAUUGCUGCUUCAAGAUAAAAUUAACCUUGUUGAAUCAUAUGUGGAAGAACACCCCGAUUUGCAGCAGCGGCUCCUGUGCUUGUUGGACUCGUGGUGUGAACCAGGCUUCAGGACUGAAACUGUCACAAGGCAGUAUCAAGGCUUGGCCAAUAUAAGGCCGGAGAAAGUCCACUGUAAGAUGUUGAGCAAACUGAUCUUCAGGUUCCUGGACAAGUAUAGUCUCAAUCCAGCCCUUUGCCCCAACGCCACCAACCAGCGUCACCUGGGAACUCUGAAAUACCUGUUCUACAAGAGGUUUGUUGAGAAAACCAUGACUCAGGAAAACUGGACUGACCAUGUUCAGGGCACCAUCGGGAACAGUCGGUGGCUUCAGGAACAGCUUGUACAGCUGUUGUCCCGUUCUGAUCACCUAAAUGCUGCAGCCACGUGGGCCCUUCAUUACAGCCUCCCUGAGGACAGUCUGCCUUGGCAAGUGACAGAUAAGCUGAAGACACUCAAAAGUCGAGAGAGAGAUGAUGUACUGAAGCAAAAAGCAGCCAACUGUGAGGAGUGGAGGAAGGAUCAUUAUUACCAGCUCCCUAUUUCCAGGGAAGAUGUCCUUUUCCUGUCAAAGUGGGAAGAAGUGGAGAAAUGCAAGGAACAUGUGCUCCAGCCUGGACAGGUUGUUGGGAUUGACAUGGAAUGGCGACCAUCAUUUGGCACUGUGGGAAGAAAAUCACGAGUCUCUGUAGUUCAGAUGGCAGUUCAUGGCCGGGUAUUCCUCUUGGACAUGUUGCAGCUCCUCAGGCAGGGUGGGAAGGAUGAGGAGGCUCUGUCUUCCUUCUUCCAGACUCUUUUUGCUGAUCCAGCAAUCACUAAGUUAGGCUAUGGGGUGGCUGGAGACCUACACAGCCUUGCACAUAGCUACACUGCUUUUAAAGAUUUGAACAAGCAUCUCUGUGGAGUCCUGGACCUCUUGACAGUGCAUAAACAACUACCCAAAUACUCUGGGGUGAUGAAGAAAGGCUGCAGAAAGGUGGAUGCUUUACCUCUGGAGGAUGAGGAAGCACAGUGUGGCAUGCUGCCGGAGAAGGGGCUUAGCUUGCUGGUGCAGCAUGUCCUUGGGAAACCUCUUGACAAAACGGAGCAGCUGUCCAGUUGGGAGAAGAGGCCACUCCGAGAGGGACAGAUCCUUUAUGCAGCAUUGGAUGCUUACUGUUUGUUGGAGAUUUACACAAAAUUACAGAAAGAUCUGACUGGCUUUGGCCUGAAUAUCAACAUCUUGACACCUCAGCCAAAGAAGGUGUGCACUGAAGUGAAGGCAAAGAAGCUGCCAAACAAGCAAAGGACUCCACCAGCUUGCAGUGAGAAUUCUACAGCAAGUAUGGAAGAGACCCCAAACUCUUCAGUGCCCAUCUCAGUUUGUGACUUCCGUGUGGUUUGUGACAACAUGCUACAAGGCCUGGGGCGGUAUCUACGCUGCCUUGGAGUAGAUGUCCGGAUGCUUGAGAAUGAUGAUGAACACAGGAAGGCAGCAGAGCUUGCCAUACAAGAAGACCGAGUAAUUCUAACCUCUGGGCUUCCAUAUCAGAUGCUGUGUUCCCAGGUGGGAGAAGGGAGGUGUUUAUUGGUGGACUGUUCAGCAAAAGCCAAGGAACAAGCUCUCCGGGUCCUGAAACACUUCAAUAUCCAGGUGACUUUGACUGAUGUCUUCAGUCGAUGCCAGGCUUGCAACUGCAAUCAGUACCUGAAGAUCUCCAAAGAGAAAAUGAUGCAGCUGAUGAAGCAGAAGGGCUUUUUGACAAAUGCAGAAGAAGCUACAGGAGAACUGUCGGAAAAGCCCAAUGUUAAUGUUGAGGCUGCAAGUCUUGAACUCAGCUCUCAACAGCUUGUUUAUAGUCCAAACUGCCAGUGGCUGGAGGAGUCUGGCCUGGACCCCAAGUCAGCACUGCUGCCCAAUGGUACGUCCCUGAAGAUCGAGGCCAUCCCCAUCGGAGUGCUAUCCAAGGAGGACUUGGCUUACUUCUACUGCUGUGGCCAGUGUGGCAAGGUUUUCUGGGAAGGCUCUCACUUUGGACGCGUGGUCUCCCAGUUCAAAGAAGUGCUGGACCUCUCAAAAGACAGCCAAAGUUUCUAUGAGCAGAACUAAACUGGCAAUAGA